ACAGAUUAACGGAAAAGGCCAGGGAAGACCUCAUGGGACCCACAGGCAACAUCAAGAUUCACGAAACACGACGCGGUUCAUCGCACGGCUGUGAUUGUCCUCACGCCGCGACGGACACACUUCUGGCCUCGCCGCCCGAAGAGAACGAGGAAGAGCGGAGAUCUAUCUCCAUCAUCCCGACACGUGGCAGCGCUGCAGUGCCCCACUGUGAAUUUCCCUCUAUAAGAUCCCCUCCUUUGCGCCCUCGCUUCUCUCUCAGCGGCACCUUCUCCAAUCUCCGCUGCCCUUCCAACCCCACCACGUCGACCACCAACGAUAACUAUCAUCUCCGCCGCCGCCGUGUUAUAAAAAGAAAAAGAGAAAGAGAUGAAGCCGCCGGCGGAUGAGGCGCCGACGGAGGCGGAUCAGCUGGAGGUGGCGCGGAUACUCCGCAAGCUCCCGAAGCUCGUCCUCGAGGCCGAGUCCCGCCGCCUCCCCGACUUCCUCCGCUGGGGCGCCCGCCGCCGCCGAUCCGCCCUCGACGACGAUAUCUCCCUUCUUGACCCCCCUCCUCCUCCUCCUCCACCCUCGAUUUCCCCUCCUCCUCCCGAUGGGAACGUCGAGAGGAAAGACGGGGACCGCGGCGGCGGCGGCGGGCCCACCUCGAGCCCCGCGACGCCGUUCUCCUUCCCAGCGAGCGGCAGCGAGGAGCCCGACGGCCGGCCCGCGCGGCCGCCCUUCUUUCCCGCCAAGGUCUUCAAGGCCACCGAGCGACACAUGGAGCGGGUCAAGAAACAGAACCAGUUGAUAGCCUCCUUAUCCGACGAAAAAGCUCGCCUCCAACGCUCAAAAGCGGAGUUCGACGCCAUGUACCAGCAAUUGAAAGCAAGGAAUUCUUGGCUUCAAGGCCUUCAAUCCAAGGUGGCGGUACGGCAGUCGAUGGAGGAGGAAGGCCAGAGGAAGCGGCAGAGACAGCAGCAAGACCGCAGCUCCGGGCUGGCCCCGCUGAGCCCCACCACCCUCCCAUCGCCAGCCACGCGUCCUUUGGUGGACCCCCACAACCAACGGUGGGAGAUCCCGCCGCCCCCGGUGGAUCGGAUCGCCGGCGGUGGGACUCCGUCGCCCCCGGUGGAUCGGAUCGCCGGCGGUGGGACUCCGUCGCCCUCGGUGGCGGCGGCGGGGCGGUGGUCGGAGAAAAUGGUCGCGUUGGAUCUCAACGCGACUCCGGAGGAGGAGCAGGAGAAGCGCGAGCGGAGAAGCGCGUACGAGGCGGCGAUGUCAGCGCAGCCGAAGAAGAGAAGGCUGGAGAUGCAACGCGAGAAGAACGACAGCUAUUCUUGUUCUUUCUUUUCUCUGUCUCAAAAGAUGCCGCGGUUAAGAAAUCUUCCGGCCGAGAACAUCACCAGCCUCCUCACAAGAUAGCCAUUUCGGGACUUAAAAAUCUAAAUCAGGUCCAACGUCCAUUUUACCUGGAGAUACAGGUGCAGCAACGGAAGAACCUCCAAUUAAUCUUGUUGGGGGAAAAACGGAUUGCCCCAAAGCACAUGAACGCGUCGCCGGCACGUGACCAAGGCGCCCGACCUGGAGGUGCCCGACCUCAGAGCUUCCAACCUGGCGCUCGAUCAGGAGCUCGACUCCGAGACAUCCGACCCGGGCAUUCGACCUCAACAUUCUCGACCUCGGAAGCCCGGCCUCACUAUCCACCUGUUGCGGUCACAUCCUUCUACAGCUCGAUCGGGGACCAUGCCUUGCUACCACUGUCAACAAUUAAUGCGCAUAGCCUCUGCUGAUCUCCGGCUCACUCAACAAUUAAUGCGCAUGACCUCUGCUGAUCUCCGGCUCACUCAACAAUCAAUGCGCAUGCUAUCUACGGAUCUCAAGCCCUCCACGACAAACAACUGACCCGCUUAGCCACGUCCGAUCAGCCACGACGACUCACUGGCUCCAGCCUAAUCUCCUACGGCAAUGCAUUAAUUCAGACAAUCGUGCAUUAAUUCGGACGACAUGCUCAAUCAUGACGGUAACCCGUUCGCCCCGUCACAUCACAAGUACACCUGUACCCCUCUAUAAAAGGAAAACCCUUCCUCCUUAGAGGGGUUGGACUCUGUAAACUUCGGAGAAUACUUUCUCUCCCUCUACACAUUUGUCCCCUCUAACUUAAGCAUCGGAGGGCCGGCGCCGGAAACCCCGGCCACUGGCUUUUUUGCAGGUCCUCCGGAGGACACAUCCCGCCGACGUACCGUCACCCGCCAUUCCCGCACCAGAGCUCCUCCUUCUCAGCCAAGUGGUCGCCCCCGGAUCUAAUUUCCAGCAACAAAUCUGUUAAGCUGGUUUAGUUGUAAUGUGUUUUACAAGCAAAUUUUUAUCCAAUUAAUCAUGCCGUAUAACAUUACAAACUUUAUGGAUGAAUUUAUCGUAAGGAAUUUCAGAGCCAGUAACCCUGACUCAACAUCUCAAGCAAAAGGCUUUCAGCAAUUAACGAUAGCGAGAUUCUGAUACCAAAUAGCCAAGUGAAUUAGCAUGCUACAGGCUUUUAUCCAUCUUCCCCGUUAAAUCAUGCUUUCUUUCACCAUCGCUUCUACCACUCUCUCUAUGAAUUAUGUCUGGACAGAAUUUUCACAUUGACCAUGAGACAACCAAGAAUCUAAGAGUACAUAUAUAACAAGUCUCAAAGAGAUCAAAUCAACACUAUAUGCAGCAUCAAAAAAGUAAUAUUAGUUCAUUUUUACCAUCAAUAAUGCAAAUUUAUAAAUAGUAGUUCUAACCAAAAUUGAAUUUUCCCAAAAUAUUUUUCCUUGUGGUACACAACUUUCAGUUGAAUAAAGACACCUACAGCUUCACGAAUGCAACGCUUGGUUCCAAGUUUCUCA